AUGAUGAGUGCACCCCUCUGGACGGACAACGUGAGAAGGGCCGAGCGGGAAGGCAAGGAUAAAAGCAAACCCAAAGACCCAGACAAAUGCAGUUCGCAGGGGAAGAAUAUUAAGGAGAAGAAAGUGGAGGAUGAACGAAAGAAAAGGCAACAAUACACAAACGAAUUGUGCGAAAUCCUCUCCUCCGAUGAUAGCAACCAACAGAUUGAACAAGAGACGGACAACUUUAUUAUCGUAGAGCUCAUUUCAUACAUCGGUGGGAACUCCAGAAUUAUGACUUACUAUCCCAGCACUCGUGGGAGCAAAUCGGGGCAGAACAAGUACCUCCAUCACUUUUACAGUAAAAAGAGGAUCAAGCUGUAUCUGUGCCUCCACAAAAGGAGCAACGAGAUUUAUAUAUACGAGGUCGAGUCUAAGAAAGUUAGGAGGAGGGAGACGCCCCAAGGCAGUGGUGCCUAUCCAACUCAUGUUCCAACCGACAUCUCUGUCCAUAGAGAUGAUAUCAACAAAGCGAGUGCAUUUCUGUACAACGCUAAAGUAAAAAAUGAGCGAAAAUGUGGUGAUGCUGCCCCGCCUUCCAAUGAUGAACAUAACCCCAUCAUCAACGAGUACACCUCCUCCUGCAAAGAAGAACCAAACCAUGACUGCAAAACAGGCAAGUACAAUAUGAAGGUGGAAGAUAGAACGGCAGAAAUGGAGAGUGGAAACCCUAACGUGACAGAAAGAAGAACCAAAAAAAUGGUUGUCACCAAACUGUUUGAUAGCGUACACUGUAGUUACGACUUGUCCACCAUCGAGUUCACGAAAUUUAACAACCCAGAUGAUAAAACUUUAAACUCCUUGAAAAGCAUUUUGGAGCAGAAGAUUAACAAAGGUGAGAGGAGGGACACAAACAAAGGGGAUACCCCAAUUGGCAAUUGUAGUGUUGAUAAUCCUUCGAAGGAAAUUCCCUUUAGUAACCAUUCCUGCGCAAAAACAGACCAAGUGGGAAAAGGCAUGACCCAUUCAGGCGAUAAGGAUAAUGCAUGUGACAGCCAAGUUAAAAUCCUCUUUCUCCAUUUUCGCGAGCCCGCAGACAUAUACAUGAAUCAGUUUGCGGCUUUCGACCAAGGCAACGAAGAAACGUGCACAAAAGAAAUAAACGGGUUCCUGAAGGAUGAACACCAGCGGCAUAUCGAACAGCAGUGCAUGAAGGCUAAACGGACAAGCAAUUACGGGGCACAAAUCAAGCAAAUAACGCACGAACAAAUUCCACAAAGUUUCAUACAAAGUUACGAAAGUGAUGUAAGCAUUUACAGCAACGACCUUUACUUCAGCGACACACAAGUAGUCACUGGAGAAAACGAAACGUACGUGGAAGAAAAAAAAAAAAAAAAAAAUUUUCCAGUACUCACGAGGAGCCAUUUAAAAAUUAAGUGGCUUCUACUCAACUUGAAUUUAACAAAAGAAGAAGAAACUAUCAUACAAAAAUAUGUUCUGUUAAAAAAGACCAGCAUUCUCAGGUCCACCAAGUCUACUCCCGAAUACAACGACCUGCAUUCCAGUUUUUACAAAACGAGGAAGAAGACUAACGGAGAAGAGAGAAAAUCACGUAAGGAAGACCAAAUUCACUUCCUUAAGGGAGAUACUACUUCAAAUGGGAAACCCUACUCCAUGCGUGGUAUCCGAAAGAGUAGUAACUUCCAACCUAGUCAACCGAACAAAAACAACACUGAAAGAAGCAACGUCAAUGAGGCACACCAUACUGAGCUAACCAUGAAUGGUAGGAAAAACAACUACCAGAGUGAAGACACUAUAAAGGAAAAACGAAAGGAAGGAGAAAAAAAAUUAACGUUCACUUUUAAGUGCGAAGAUGAUGCGGUGGAGACCAAACAGAGGGGCGACCUCCGCCAUGAGCAUGUCUCACUGGAGAACAAAAUGUCAUGCCGGGGAGGAGCAGCAGGUUGCAUACCAAAUCAGAACGGCGAUGCUGUGAAUGUCGAUCCUACUGUGCUCGAGUCUGUUACCUCUGCUGAUUCAGUUUUAUACUAUCACACUGUUGUUCAUCCCACUGCUCAUGAUGCCCACAACGAAUCUAUCGCGAGUGCCAAUAUAUCGAAGGGCAGGACCUAUCUCCAGGACAACGCCACCACCACCUUGCAUGAUUCUAGCCGCUCCUCCAAAAUAAGUUCAUCAUACUCCUACCUGGACCAAGGCUCUCAAAAAAUAUGCGAUUCUGCUAUUGACAAUAAUGAGGAAGACCCCCAAAAAGGCAAAAAAAGAAAAAUAGAUGAAGUGGAAAAUGCUAACGAGGUGCAAAAUAGAGAGAAAAAAAAUUUGCAUCUUGUGUCGAAGACGGAAAAAUACGUUGAUACAUCUCCUCAGCUUCUAAAUAGCGAAUGUGAGAUUGUUACCUCCCAGGUGGAAGGAGCCAUCAGCGGUUGUCAAAUGAUGGGCGUGAGCAGUGCACCAAACAGUGCACCAAACAGUGCACCAAACAGUGCACCAAACGGUGCACCAAACAGUGCACCAAACGGUGCAACAAACAGUGCAACAAACAGUGCAACAAACAGUGCAACAAACAGUGCAUCGAAUGACGCAUCGAACGAUUCCCUCGCGAGUGGCUCCGGGAACACCAGCGUCACCUACAUCUCGGAGACCGAUUCCAGGUACAGGAGGUGCGGCGACUCCGUGGAGGAGAUCCUCCCUGGGGGGGAAGAGAAACAAUUGCAGGGUGAACAUGAAGAAGGACAACGUGUGAAGGGUUGUGUGGCAGACGCGAUAGACGGUUCCAUAACGUUGCAGAGCGAUGGGUUUGGCGACUGCUCCCGGGAAGACGAGUACCGCGCCGACCAGGAAGGGGUUAGCGGUGGGAGCGGAGAGAGUGGAGUAAGUGGGGACCGAUCCAAUGACCAUUUGAAUGAUCAUCCAAAUGACCAUCCAAAUGACAGUUCGAAUGACAGCUCGAAUGACCGUUCGAAUGACCACCGCCCUGGUUGCCACUCGGAGCGACCAGAGGAGACCACCCAGAAGAGCACGCCCAACGCAGGUUCUAGCGGAUAUGAGGCGUGGUUCCUCAAACAUAAAGUGGCAAGCCUGUUCGAUAUCAUCAAAGUAAUAUGUUGCAACUUCAUGAGGCACUUCAAGUACACGAGCAAGCUAAAGUUCUACAUAACGACAUUUUUAAAUUUCUCUAAAAUCGAAAAAACGAAACUCCAGUUCAUGCAGAAGGAGAGAAUAAUAGACACACAAAUGCUCAAAAUAUACAUCAACAAAAAAACAGAAGAUGUUAAAAACGCAUGGAAAAUCAACACAUACAAAAUGGACCCACACAAUCUCUUCCGUUUAGAAAAAUUUAAAUAUAUUGAUGAUUCUAUUAUCGACUUUUUUCACAACUAUAUCCAUUCCUUUGUUUUAAAAAAUGACAAGAGGAAAGAAAACGACAUUUACAUUUUCAACACGUUUUUUUAUAAAAAAAUAGAGUUGUAUGAAGAUUCCUGCAAGGCAUACAUGAACACAAAUAGAUGGAUUCAAAAGUUGGAUAGGAAACUAUACGAGUAUACCUACGUUUUCGUUCCCAUCAACAUUAGUAACACCCACUGGUCCCUCGUGUUGCUCUACUUCCCCUUUAACGGAAAGCAGGGUGGAGGAGCAAAGGAGGAAGUAAAAGAAGAAGUGAAAGAAGAAGUAAAGGAGGAAGUAAAAGAAGAAGUGAAAGAAGAAGUAAAAGAAGAAGUAAAACAGGCAGCAGAAGAGGAAGAAAAAUCCCAGAAGGGGAACACGUCUAGCCAAGAAGACACCUCCAAGAGUAGUACGCCCAGUCAAGAUGACCCCACGAAGAACAAAACACCCAGUGAGUGCAGCCAACCCGGGGGAGAAGACUCAUCGCCAGGCCAUUUACAUGAAACGUUUAGGAGCAAGUCCUGUGAAUCAUACUUUUCCGAAAGAGGAACCCCCUCCGAAUCGAAAGUGCCAAAAAUAAAUACCGCUCUUUCGGGGAUUUAUCUGCAAGGACAAGACAACACUGGUCAUAACCAUGAGGAGAAGGAAGAACAAUCGUGCAAGAAUGCAAAAAGUGCAAGUGAUUGUGGAGACCAUCACACAGGGAAAAUGCCACCAAACGAAGACAUGAAUAUUCUUUUGAGAGACAAAAAUAAAAGGGGUUCUACCACAACUUGCAAUGACACUUUAACAAAAGUGGAGAAUCAACAAAAAAGUGAAAACGUUAAAGUGGCCUACAUGAUUUACCUCGACUCCCUCUUCCCCUCCAUCAGGGGAAAUAAAAUUUUGCAAAAAUUAAAAAAAUAUCUGGAGCAUAUGCUGCAACGGGACUACGCAUCGCCCGCGGGAGGAGCCACGACAGAAGGGGUAGGCCCCAUCUCUACCACGAACACUACCGAAAACGCUACUAAUAACCUGGGCACUGCCACGCCGCCACGAAUUUUCUUCAAAUUCGUCUAUCCGAACGUUAUCCCCAAGCAAACCAACACCUAUGACUGUGGUAUUUAUAUCAUCCAAUUCGUCUUGCAUUUGUGUUUGAACAAGCACCUAGUCGAAAGCGAGUUGAUCAAAUCGUGUCGGGAGCAAGGGAAGAGCAGCCCUGCCGCUGAUGGGCUUCACCUCAACCUUCAUAACCACAGACGCGAGGCGAGGGGAUCCUACUCCAGGUCAUGUGUGGGAAAGGCUACCCCGUGGUUCUCCCCAAAGGAUAUCAGCUUAAAGCGCAAGCAAAUGAAGAAGAUGCUCCUCUACAUGAAAAAUGUGGUCGACUGGAAGUCGGAUAGACACAUACAGAUCCUCAAUUUGCUUUUUUUGAAGAAUCACAGUGUGGAGGCUGGGAAGGCCAAAAUGGAAGGCUCCUCUAUAUGA